AUGUCCAAUCAAACCACUGUGACUGAUUUCCUUCUCCUGGGAGUCUCUGAUGUUCGGGAGCUGCAGAUUUUACACUUUGUGGUGUUCCUGGUGAUUUACCUUCUGGUCCUGGUGGGGAAUCUUCUCAUCAUCACAGCCAUAGCCCUCGAUCACCAUCUUCACACCCCCAUGUAUUUCUUCCUGGUGAACCUGUCCAUCCUAGACCUCAGCUCCAUCUCUGUCACCAUCCCCAAAUCUAUGGCCAAUUCCCUCAUGAACACCAGGUACAUUUCUUAUUCUGGAUGCGUCACACAAGUCUUUCUCCUUAUCGUCUUUAUUUCAGCAGAUUAUGCAUUAUUGACUGUCAUGGCGUACGACCGACACAUCGCCAUCUGCCAACCACUUCACUACGAGAGAGUGAUGAACAGGAGAGCUUGUGUCCAAAUGGCAGCCAGUGCCUGGAUCAGUGGUAUUCUUUACUCUGCCCUGCACACUGGGAGCACAUUUGUGAUAUCUUUCUGUGGAGGGAAUGUGGUGGAUCAGUUCUUCUGUGAAAUCCCCCAGCUUCUCAAGCUCGCCUGCUCUGACUCAGACCACAGUGAAACUGGGGCUAUUAUCUUCAGUGCAUGCUUAGCUUUAAGCUGCUUUGUUUUCAUAAUUGUGUCAUAUAUUCAGAUCUUCAAAGCAGUGCUAAGAAUCCCCUCUGAGCAGGGCCGGCGUAAAGCCUUCUCCACUUGCCUUCCUCACCUUACUGUGGUCUCCUUGUUUAUUUUUACUGGGACUGUUGCGUACCUGAAACCGACCUCCAGCUCAGCGUCAGCUCUGGAUCUCAUGGUGGGUGUUCUCUAUUCUGUGGUGCCACCAAUGAUGAAUCCGAUCAUCUACAGCAUGAGAAACAGAGAAGUGAAAGGUUCAUUGAGUAAACUGAUAGGUUGGGGGUUAUUCAGCAAGAAUAAAAUGUCCAUAUUUCUCCAUUGA